AAGCUUAGUGAUGGGGGUUGCACACUGGAAGAUUUCUGGUCAAUUUGGUGUUAUGAACAAAGAAUUCUCGAGGUUUGCGUCUUUUAAAACCUUUCCUGCAGAUUCUGUUGCAAGGCCAAUACGACUGGCUCAGGCUGGAUUCUAUUAUACUGGCUCGGGUGAAGAAGUUAUUUGCUUCUGUUGUGGAGUGAGAAAUGAUGUUUGGACUGAGGACGAGUCUUUGCUGGAAGUUCACCGGCGACUUUCCCCGAAAUGCAGAUAUAUAUGUGGUGCGGAUACCACUAAUAUUGCCAUUCAUGGAGAUACAGUAUCAAAUUGUUCGAAAGAAAUGCGUGAGAACUUUGAGUUUAAAACAUCAGAAUCUAUAUAUGAUAAAGGAUCUACGUAUGCUGCUGAACAAUCAAAUGAAAUAUCCGAAGAUUUGAGGAAUUUGGAUGUAACCGGCAUAUCGACUCGACAUGAUUUUACUGAAAAUGUAACAGUAGAACAUGGGGGUACAAAUCAAGAAUGUGGCAUGGCGGCGAAGUUCGUGUCUUCGCUUACGAACGGACAGAUUGAAAUUUAUCCAGGGAUAAGCCAUUCCAGACCUAAACACUCCGAGUAUGCCUUGUUAAGUGAGCGGCUAGCAUCAUUUCAUGAAUGGCCUGCACGGCAUGUUGCUGACCCAAAUGUUUUAGCUAAGGCCGGAUUCUACUCUGCAGGUAUGCAAGACUGUGUAAGAUGUUUUUUCUGCAAUGGAGGUAUGAAAAAUUGGCAGACAGGAGACAAUCCAUGGGUCGAACAUGCGAAGUGGUUUCCCAGUUGUGAAUAUCUUAAGUUGUGCAAAGGAGAAGCCUAUGUCAACAUUUGCAACUCAUCAGUUAAUGCUGAUAUUGUCACAGUUUAUGAUAAUGAGUCGCAAAUGGAUCAAGAGAAUUGUCCCGAGGACUGGUUUAUAGAAAACAUAAACAGUGCUGCGGCCAAAAUUCUGUUAUCCAUGGGAUAUAAACAAGAGGAUGUUGAAAAGGGUGUCAUGUUUGCAAGACAGAAAUACGGUCCAGUAGAAAUCAAAGCUCAGUUUAUCAUGGAAUAUAUGCUAGAGGCAAAUAAGCAGUGUUUUACACAACCGCCUCCAGCAACCGAGAAGCACAAAAUGUCUGAGCUGGUAAAAAGAAAAGACCAACCACAAAAUGGUAUCAGUAAUGCGACAGAGAGUAACGGCAAUAGAAGUAAAAUUAAAUCAGAAAAGCAACGAUUAGAGGAAGAAAAUCGUAAACUUAAGGAUCUUAUAACGUGCAAAAUUUGCCUUGAUAAUGACGCAUGCGUGGCAUUUCUACCAUGUGGUCAUUUAGCGUCUUGUGUAGAAUGUUCGAAAUCUUUGAGAAAAUGUGCAGUCUGUAGAAUAGUAGUCCAAGGGACAGUCAGGGUCUACCAAGCUUGAAAUACAUUUGACAAAUUUAGACACAUAAAUUGAAAGUAUUUGUAUUAGAAAUAAAUAAAGAGGUGGUCAGCAGUGCUUUUUUCUGACAGUUCAUUAUCAUGACAUUCAGGUUGAGGAUGACUCAAGUUUUUAUACUUUACAACUUUAAAAAGGCAGCUAAUAUAAAAAUGUUCCAGUAUUUUACACUCUCGUCAUCAUUUUUAAUUUAUUUAUUGAUACUUUUUGUUAUGUGUUGGGCACUUUUAAAAUUUUACUAUACAUUUGUGUAUAUGACGGCAAAGAUGAUUUUUGUAUUUGUCACUAGAAAUUAAGUUUAUAAUAUUUCCUCAAUGUUUCCUAUAACACUGAAUGACAGUUUAUGACCUUCAGGUUGGGAACGACUACACAUUUUGUUCUAUACAACGAUAAUAAGGCAGCUUAUGUAAAAAUGUACCAGCAUUUUACACUUUCAUCAUUUUCAAUUUGUUUAUUUAUUGAUAUUCUAAAAGUUUAAAGUUGUAUUUACACUUUAAUUAUAAUUUUACUAUACAUGUUUAUAUAUUACGGCAAAGAUGAUUUUUGUAUUUGUCGCUAGAAAUAAAAUUUAUAAUAUUUCCAUUAUGUUUCCUAGACUACGAUAUUAUGACUUUCAGGUUGAUUGUGUUCUAUACAAUAUUGAUAAGGCAGCUAACAUAAAAAUGUACAAGUAUUUUACACUAUUACUUUUUAUUUGCUUAUUUUGUUUAUUUACUCUUACAUGUAUUAUGAGUUUGCUAUUCAUGUGUAUGUAUAACGGCAAAUGUACAUUUUUGUAUUUGUCAUUAAAAAUAAAGUGUAUUAUAUUUCCUCUACUGAAUGACUACAUUA